AGUGAAGCAUCGUCGUCAUCAUCAUCGUUCUGUCUGAAAACCCUAGUUCUAAAACGGAAAAGAUUAAUGGAGAAGAGCAAUAAGGGUAAGGUGGAGUGGAGGUUCUCAGGAAGCGAAGCAGCGAGCGAAGCAUGGGCUGCUUCGUUGGGAACCGUCGUAUCGAGCAUCAGGGCUCGUACGAACCCUAACGGCGACAAGAGGGUACUGCCUCCGUCCGAGGUUUCAAAGACUUGGCCUGAGGCAGAGGCUUCCAUCGCCCACGUCAUCGAUUCUGGCACCGGAAAUGCUUACGCUCCCAGCAUCGGAACUCCCCAUGCCAAGAAGGCGGUUUCCGAUUUACUAAACCGAGAUCUCGAAGGUCAGGACUUCAAGCUGAAACCAGAAGAUGUAUUCAUGGCGGCAGGAUGCAAGCAAUCCAUCGACAUCAUAGUCGAAAUACUCUCGAAACCAAAUGCCAACAUUCUGUUCCCUCAGCCCGGAUUCCCUCGUUACGACGUUCGAGCACUCUACAGCCGUAUCGAGUUUCGAAAGUACAAUGUUCUUCCCGACCAGAACUACGAGAUCGAUCUCGAUCACGUCGAGAAACUGGCCGACGAUAACACGUUCGCCAUCGGCAUUAUAAACCCUCACAACCCCUGUUGUAACGUCUACUCUGAAGAACAUCUCAAGAAGCUGGCUGAGUUGGCUCGGAAGCUGGGUAUAAUGGUUAUAUCCGAUGAAGUGUAUCGUUGGACCGUGUUUGGGGACAGACCGUUUGUUCCGAUGGCUAAGUUUGCAUCUAUCGCUCCUGUGAUUACGCUCGGUUCGUUAUCCAAGGGAUGGGGGGUCCCGGGAUGGCGAAUGGGUUGGAUCGCAUUGAACGAUCCCGAGGGCGUUCUCAAAUCCACCAAAGUCGUUCAAGCUAUCAAGGAAUAUCUCGAGAUUAGUUCGAAACCCGCAACUAUCUUCCAGGCGGCUCUUUCGGAUAUAUUCGAGAAAACACCGGCUGAGUUCUUCGAGAAGAAGAACGCUUAUCUGAGGAAGAACGCAGAGUAUGGAUUCAACCAGCUCAAGGACAUACCUUGCCUUCACUGCCCCAUGAAACCUGAAGCCUGCACGUUCUUAUGGGCGAAGCUGGAGCUGUCGCAGUUGGAGGACAUCAAGGAUGAUCACGAGUUCUGCUCCAAGUUGGCUGCCGAGGAAAACCUCAUCGUCGUACCUGGGUCUGCGUUAGGGCUUGAGAACUGGCUGAGGAUAUCCAUCGAAUACUCAGACGCUUCUCUGGUGGAACAAACCUUUGAAAGAUUGAAGGGUUUCUUCAAACGCCACGCCAAUAUAUAAGCAACCGAAUCCUUCACUUGAAGAUCUGAAAGUACUGAACUAAGACCACAAAAAUAAAUAAAUAAAUAAAUGAAUGAAUGAAUGAAUGAAGUGGCUUCUGAUGUGUUUGUGUUUUCUUCCUGUCUGAAUAAAUCUUGUGUUUGAACUUGGUGGCAAUGUCGAUGUGUUUCCUUGAUUUCGGAAAUAAAGUUGUUUCUUAUCUGCUUUUGCUA